AUGGCCGCCCCCAUGUCACUCACGCGCCCGAUGCUGCGCUCCCCAGUCUUGAGGCAGCUCGCCGCCCGCCGCCUCCAGAGCACCGCCGCUGAGAAGGCCAGCACCGCCGCCGAGAAGGCCGCCGCUGCCGCCAAGGACACCGCAAACAAGGCUGCCCAGGGCCUGUCGCGAGUCACCAGCGCCGCUGGCCCUGCCAUCGCCGGCGCCGCCAAGUCCAUCGGCAAACUGGGCGGCCCAGCCGGCCAGGCCAUUGGCUUCCUCGAGCGUACGUCCCGGCCCUAUACCCACGAGAUCCGAGCAGUUGAGGAUGCUCCCGGGGGUCAGACUCCCCUCGUCGUAUACUACAGCAAGGUCGCCCUCGAGUUGGGCAAGUACGUCGCCCAGAACCAGAAGAUGGCCAUCCCCUCCGCCGCUACCUUCCAGACCUUCUACCAGGGCCUCUGGCAAUCCAUUGCCAGCGGCAGCAUCCUCCGAUCCCCUCAGAACAUUAUCAACUCCGUACGAAAUAUCAGCGUGGCCCAGCUUGCCACCGGCGGUGUCAUCUUCGCCGAGACCCUCGGCUUCUUCACUGUUGGUGAGAUUAUUGGCCGCUUCAAGUUGGUUGGAUACCACGGCGAGGUUGGCUCGCAUCACUAA